AUGUUCUGGCGAUUCGGCGGCUACGCCAACAUCUCCACCAUCGAUACCAUCCUCGACAAGUCCGACUUCACCCUCGAGGAGCUUCUGGACGAGAGCGACCUGAUCCAGGAGCUGAAACAGCACAAUGCAAAGCUCAUCGACUAUCUCAGGGACGAGCCCGUCCUGGUGAGCCUGCUCGAAUACGUCGUUGCCCCAAGGCUUGAACCCGUCGCCACCCCCGAUACCGAUGCCACCGCUGCCGGUGCCGCCGCCGACGAUGAUGACGACACUGACAAGGGUAAGGCUCGCGUCCUACCUUUCUCCCGGCCCAGGGUGUCCUCGCGCGCAUCCGAACCCGAGAACAAGGAGGAGGAGCUAGAGAAGAAGCGCAACAGAUAUGCCUAUGUCGCUGCCGAGAUCCUGGCCUCGGACAACUGGUCUAUCUGCGAGGCCCUCCUCGCGAACAAGGCCAUGCUGCGCAACUUUUGGGACUUUUUGCGGCGGGAUACCCCGCUUGAUCCGCUGCAGGCCAGCUACUUUACAAAGGUCAACGAGGCCCUCUUCGACAAGAAGACCGAGGAGAUGAUCGACCUGCUCAAGUCCAUCGAGAAUGCCGUUCCCGACAUGCUGCGGCAUGUCGACUGCCCUAUGAUCAUGGACCUACUGCUCAAGAUUAUCAGCCUUGAGCGAACAGAAGCUGGACAAGGCAUUGUCGAGUGGCUCUACACACAAGACGUUAUGCCGACCCUCCUCUCCUUCCUCGGUCCCGAGCACAGCUGGGCGACCCAGACCUCAGCUGGUGAUUUCAUGAAGGCUAUCAUCACCGUCUCGGCCAACGCCUCGCAGAAUGAACAGACGUGCAUCGGUCCCAACGAGCUUACUAGGCAGCUGGUGUCAAAGCCCUGCGUCGAGCAGCUGAUAGCAUACAUGCUGGGUGGUGGGAACGCUCUCACCGUCGGCGUGGGCAUCGUCAUCGAGGUGAUUCGCAAGAACAACUCAGACUAUGAUCCUGAUGUCGGCGCCGAGGCCAAUGCUAUCCCUUCAAGUCGGGAUCCGAUUUACCUUGGGACCUUGUUGCGGCUCUUUGCAGAAAAUGUGCCUGACUUCAUGAACCUGAUCAUGAAUGCCCCGGCGCAAAAGGCACGACUGGUCUCUACAUUCGGCGAUAAGAUCGAGCCGCUCGGCUUCGACCGCUUCAAGACAUGCGAGCUGAUGGCAGAGCUGCUGCACUGCAGCAACAUGGGCCUGCUGAACGAGGUCGGGUCGGAGGAAUUGAUAGCAGUAAGAGAUGCCGAGCGCCAGCGGCUUCGGGUCGAUGGAAGGCUGUCCUCCCUGCGCGGUGAAGAGCUACCUUCGUCUGCAGAUGAUCUCACCAUGAGGAUAUCCCACUCGUCUCCCGUUGAUGAAGGUCGGCUGCAGAUCACCAACAUCUCGGAAGACGACGGGUUCGAAGAAGUGGCUCACAGCACUGAGAUGACCGAGGACACUUCACAUGAGUUUGUCAAUGCCGCAGAUGAAAUACAGUCUGGCCACCCAUCGUCAUUCUUGGACAAGGACGACGACGAUUUUGUGGAUGAGCCCCUCACGUCGCCUCGGCUCAACGUUGCCUCUGAUGAGCUGGAGAAGCCGCACUUCGACGAGCCAGACCUGGUUGUUGCGCCCCUUUCCCCAUCCAAGCAGAAGGCUGUCGAAGUUGACGAGCUGCCGAGCUCGCCGCCACCCAUCGGAGAGGACAAGGUUGAGGAUCUGGUGGAGGACUUGCAGAAGUCUAUCCUCGAAGACAAACCGGCAACGCCGGAGGUGCAGGACACAGCUGCUGCCGGCGACAACAGCGAGGCUUCGAGCACUCCUGGCACCAACACACCUGCCGAGUCUUCUGUGGCUGGCUCCGAGGCCAAGCCUGACAAGGUCGAAACUGAGGCAGCAGAAGCGGCAGAGCCCGAAGGUCCCACAGAGUCAGAUCUGUCAAACCUCCAACCUGUUGUCGGCGACUUCUUGAAGAUGCAGUUUGUUGAGCACAAUGUCGUGCCGACGAUCCUUUCAUUCUUCUUCAAGUAUCCAUGGAACAACUUCCUGCAUAAUGUCGUCUAUGAUAUCGUGCAGCAAGUUUUCAAUGGGCCCAUGGACCGCGGCUACAACCCCACCCUGGCAAUUUCCCUGUUUGAAGCUGCCGACGUGACGACCCAGAUCAUCAACGGCCAACGCGCUAGUGAGGAGUCGCAGCGGCAGUCAAAGACCCGGAUGGGCUACAUGGGUCACCUUACACUCAUUGCCGAGGAGGUAGUCAAGUUCACUGAGCGCCACCCGCCUGAGCUUCUCAGUGAGACUGUCUUGCAGAGGGUCAUGGACCAGGAAUGGAUCAACUACGUCGAGGGUGCAUUAGCUGAGACCCGAGAACGUGACAAUGCCAUACUGGGCGGAGUUCGCCCCGAGGUGGCUCUGAGCAAUCCAUUCGGCAGCUCUCAGAGCGGUGGCUCCAACGCCCUUGCGGAGGCAGGUUUGAACGGCAGCCUGGGUGAUAUGGGCGGGGAUGGAGGAGGAAACGGGAUCGGGCCUUUCGCCAUCUCUGCUGGGACCCUGAUGUCUGGCUUUGGAAGCAGCUCUGAUGAAGACGAGGACGAGGAGGCUGAGAACGAGGAGGAUGUCAACAAUGAGGGUUCUAUGGAAGUCCUGAACCCGCCAUCCAUCCCGCCACCCCCGCCACCCCCACCACCACUGAACAUUCCUCCCUCGCGUGCCCGCAUGGCCUUUGCUGCACGCCUUGCU